GCUGCGAGCACUCACAUUCGAGGUGAAGGCACUGUACACUGUCAGUGAGUGGUAGACAUCUUCCCCAGGCUGUGACGCUCUGCAGUACUGCAUCAGUCUACCCAGCAGUCGCCUGGUACUCCCUCUGCUCACCUCGAACUACCAUCUCCUCCACCUCUACCAUGGGGUACGGGCGGUCCGACAGUUACCGUGUGGCCACCACACAGGGAGACAAGGAUGACAGCAUCUCGCCAAAGAAGGGCAAAAACCAAAAACGCGACAUGGAUGACCUGAAGAAGGAAGUGGCACUGACUGAACACAAGAUGUCUGUGGAAGAGGUGUGCCGGAAACACAAUGCGGACUGUGUGCAGGGUCUCACACAUGCCAAGGCAGCGGAGUUCCUGGCCCGUGAUGGGCCGAAUGCCCUAACGCCACCUCCCACCACCCCGGAGUGGAUCAAAUUCUGCCGUCAGCUCUUCGGGGGAUUCUCCAUCCUCCUGUGGAUCGGGGCCAUCCUGUGUUUCCUGGCAUACGGCAUCCAGGCAGCGACUGAGGACAGCCCAGCCGGAGACAACUUGUACCUGGGAAUUGUGCUAUCUGCUGUGGUCAUCAUCACCGGCUGUUUCUCGUAUUACCAAGAGGCUAAAAGUUCAAAGAUCAUGGAGUCGUUCAAAAACAUGGUGCCUCAGCAAGCCAUGGUGAUCCGUGAAGGAGAGAAGACACAGAUUAAUGCUGAGGAAGUUGUUGCUGGAGACCUGGUGGAGGUGAAAGGGGGUGACCGGAUCCCUGCUGAUCUCCGGAUCAUUUCUGCUCACGGCUGUAAGGUGGAUAACUCCUCACUGACUGGGGAAUCAGAGCCUCAGACCCGAUCACCAGACUGCACCAACGACAACCCCCUGGAAACCAGAAACAUUGCCUUCUUCUCCACCAACUGUGUGGAAGGUACUGCCCGUGGGAUUGUGAUCUUCACCGGGGACCGGACUGUAAUGGGCCGCAUUGCCACCCUGGCCUCAGGAUUGGACACAGGCAAAACUCCCAUUGCCAAGGAGAUUGAGCAUUUCAUUCACAUCAUCACUGGUGUGGCUGUUUUCCUGGGAGUGACCUUCUUCAUCCUGUCCAUCAUUCUGGGUUACACUUGGCUAGAGGCUGUCAUCUUCCUUAUUGGCAUCAUCGUGGCUAAUGUCCCUGAGGGCUUGCUGGCUACAGUCACCGUCUGCCUGACCCUAACAGCUAAGCGAAUGGCCCGUAAGAACUGCCUGGUGAAGAACCUGGAAGCUGUCGAGACCCUGGGAUCGACCUCUACAAUCUGCUCCGAUAAGACAGGCACCCUGACCCAGAACCGAAUGACUGUGGCUCACAUGUGGUUCGAUAACCAGAUCCAUGAGGCUGACACCACUGAGGACCAAUCUGGUGCCUCCUUUGAUAAGAGUUCCAUUACCUGGGCAUCCUUGUCUCGAAUCGCUGCUCUUUGUAACCGCGCCACCUUCAAAGCUGGUCAGGAAAACAUCCCAAUCCUCAAGCGAGAUGUCGCCGGUGAUGCCUCCGAGUCUGCCCUGCUGAAAUGUAUCGAACUCUCCUCAGGUUCUGUGAAAGCGACGAGGGACAAGAACAAGAAAAUUAACGAGAUCCCAUUUAAUUCAACCAACAAGUACCAGCUCUCGAUCCACGAGACCGAAGACCCGAAUGAUAAGCGCUACCUGCUGGUGAUGAAGGGAGCCCCUGAGAGAAUCCUUGAUCGAUGCUCAACCAUCAUGUUACAGGGAAAGGAGCAGCCACUGGAUGAGGAGAUGAAGGAGGCUUUCCAGAACGCGUACAUGGAGCUGGGCGGCUUGGGGGAGCGGGUCCUGGGAUUUUGCCAUUUCUACCUGCCCGAGGAACAGUUUCCCAAGGGAUUCGCAUUCGACACGGACGAUGUGAACUUUCCCACUGAGAACCUCUGCUUCAUCGGCCUCAUGUCCAUGAUCGACCCACCCAGGGCAGCUGUACCUGACGCUGUGGGCAAAUGCAGGAGUGCUGGCAUCAAGGUUAUCAUGGUGACUGGAGACCACCCAAUCACAGCCAAGGCCAUUGCCAAGGGAGUGGGCAUCAUAUCAGAAGGCAAUGAGACAGUGGAGGAUAUUGCGGCUCGAUUAAACAUCCCAGUCAGUCAGGUCAACCCGAGGGACGCUAAGGCAUGUGUGAUCCAUGGCACAGAUCUGAAAGAUCUGACUGGCGAGCAAAUCGAUGACAUUCUCCGUAACCAUACUGAGAUCGUCUUCGCUAGAACCUCACCCCAACAGAAGCUCAUCAUCGUUGAGGGCUGCCAACGUCAGGGUGCUAUUGUUGCUGUGACUGGUGAUGGAGUUAAUGACUCACCAGCCCUGAAGAAAGCUGAUAUCGGAGUGGCGAUGGGAAUAGCCGGAUCAGACGUGUCAAAGCAAGCGGCUGACAUGAUCUUGCUCGACGAUAACUUCGCAUCCAUCGUCACCGGCGUGGAGGAAGGCCGCCUCAUCUUUGAUAACCUGAAGAAGUCGAUUGCGUACACACUGACCAGCAACAUCCCAGAGAUCACCCCGUUCCUGCUGUUUAUCAUGGCCAAUAUCCCCCUACCCCUUGGAACCAUCACCAUCCUCUGCAUCGACCUGGGAACAGACAUGGUCCCAGCUAUCUCAUUGGCUUAUGAAGCGGCAGAGAGUGACAUCAUGAAGCGUCAGCCCCGAAACCCGCGAAUGGACAAAUUGGUCAACGAGAGGUUAAUUAGCAUCGCCUAUGGCCAGAUCGGAAUGAUCCAGGCAUUGGGAGGAUUCUUUUCCUACUUCGUGAUCCUAGCGGAGAAUGGCUUCCUGCCGAAGAAUCUGGUGGGGAUCCGUUUACACUGGGAUGACAGGAGCAUCAAUGAUCUGGAGGACAGCUACGGGCAGCAGUGGACAUACGAACAACGGAAAAUAGUGGAGUUUACUUGUCACACAGCGUUCUUCGUCAGCAUUGUGGUGGUGCAAUGGGCCGAUCUGGUGAUCUGUAAGACCAGGAGGAACUCCAUAUUCCAACAGGGAAUGAAAAACAAGAUCCUCAUUUUUGGCCUGUUUGAGGAAACCGCUCUGGCUGCGUUACUCUCGUACUGCCCUGGGAUGGAUGUCGCUCUCAGGAUGUACCCCCUGAAGCCAAACUGGUGGUUCUGUGCCUUCCCCUAUAGUUUCCUGAUCUUUGUCUAUGAUGAAAUUCGCAAACUCAUCCUUCGCAGAAACCCAGGAGGUUGGGUUGAACGUGAAACCUACUACUAAUACUGUCGUCACCUCAGCAUCGCUGCCACACACAGUCUAUGCCCUUUCCCCUAUGACCUGUCACUUCUGACCUGCCCUUGCCCAACUUGUCUUGCAAUUGGCCUUUUCCUGCGGGCCCUGUCCCCGAAUCUCCAACCUUGCCCUCUGACCCUGUGUGUAUUCCCCGUUCCCGACCCCCUCUUUGUCACACUCCCCCCCCAACCCCUCACUGCUGUGUCGUGAGGCAGUGUGAUGAGAGACUGCGAUCCUGGGACAGCACCUCUGGGGAGAUGCCAUUGGCUGGUGGCCCGAAUGGUCUGCGUUGGGGGAGGAAGGGCUGGGCUGUGCAUUUUUUUUGUCUCCCCCCUGCAACCUCCCCCCCCGCCCCCCCCCCCCCCCCCCACCAACCUUGUGAAGCCUGCCAGCCCCACGGGGGUCAGGGGGGUACAAAUGAGGCCGGCUUACCUAGAGUUUGUCUACUUUUCUCUCACCAACUCCACCAGCCACCAUUCAUUUUGCUCAUCAUUUACAAUGUCUGAGUGGUGCUGAGCUGCAGAGAAAGAAAGGGAAUGAGGGAAAGAUGGGGAAGGGAGAGAUGGAGGAAGAUGUGGAGGGAGAAACAGAGAGAGAGAGAUGAAUGGGGAGAGAGAGAGAGAGAUGAAGUGGGCUGGGAGAGAGACAGAGAUGGAGGGGGAGAAAUGGAGAUUAAGUUGGGAGAGAGAGGGGGAGAGAGAGAGAGAUGAAGUGGGUUGGGGGGGAGAGAGAUGUAGGGAAAGGUGGAGAGAGAAAGAGGACGAGAUGGAGCAAGUGGCAGAGUUGGAGGAGAAUAUAGGGCGAGAUCAAUGAUGAGAGAUCAGGAGAGAGAUGUAGAUGAGAUGGAGGGAGAGACAGAGACAGGGUGACAGGGGAAGACAACAGAGAGGCAGAUGGUGGGAGAUAAAAGAGAGUGAGCGAGACAGAGAAAGAGACAAUGCAAAGAGACGUAGUAGAGAAUCAGUGAGACAGAGGGAGAGAGACAAAGGGAGAGUGAGAGAUGGUGUAAAAGGUUGACAUUCUGAGAGGAAGAGAUGGGUUGAGGGUGAGAUGGAUAGACUCAUAGAGAUAUUGAAGAACAGAGAGACCUGGAGAUAUGAACUUUGAGGAAGUGAUGGAUGGAUAGAAUUAGAAAGAGAACUCCAUCACCAUCCCUGUCUCCCCCACCUGUGUUCAGGCUUUUGAAACCUGCAUUUGAUCCUUCGCCCACCUGCUCCGCGCUGUCUACACCCCCAAGGUGUGUCUGAGGCCUCAAGGAAUCCAUUUAGCCCCUAAAACCCGAGACUCAAACCACACUGUCCCUGAGAUGGAGCAGGAUCUGGGGUCUGUGAGAUGGGGCUGGGGUGGGAGAUACAAGUGAAUGAGAGACCGAGGGAGAGAUAAUGAAAGAGAAAUGUUAGUAUGGGGAGAGUCAGUGAGAGAGGCAGAGAGAGAAUGGGAGAGACAGAGUCAGUGUGUGUGUGUGAGAGAGAGAGAGAGAGAGAGAGAGAGAGAGGUGAGUUGAGUUGAGGGACAGGCAGACAGAUAGAUAUAGAUGGACAGGGAGAAAGAUGGAGGGAUGGAGAUGGAGGAUGGGAUGCAUCGAUCGAAAGAGAGUAUUCCAUCUCCUUCCGCCCCACCUGCGUUUAACCUUUUGACGCAAGAUGGAGCUGGGGGCCUGAGGAAGAGCAGGGGCUAAGGUCCCUGUGAUGGAGCUACAGCCCUGGUGAUGGAGCUUGAGACCCAGAGAUGGAAUAGAGCUGGGGACUCUGGGAUGGAGCUGGAGCUGGGGGGCCCUGAGAUGGAGCUGGAGCUGGGGAGCUCUGAGACAGAGCUGGAGCUGGAGCUGGGGUCCCUGAGAUGGAGCUGGAGCUGGAGCUGGGGGGCCCUGAGAUGGAGCUGGAGCUGGGGGGCCCUGAGAUGGAGCUGGAGUUGAGGGGCCCUGAGAUGGAGCUGGAGCUGAGGGUCCCUGAGAUGGAGCUGGAGCUUGGGGGCCCUGAGAUGGAGCAGGAGCUGAGGGGGGGGGCCUUGAGUUGGAGCAGGAGCUGGGGGGCCCUGAGACGGAGAAGGAGCUGGGUGGCCCUGAGACGGAGCAGGAGCUGGGUGGCCCUUGAGACGGAGCAGGAGCUGGGGAGCCCUUGAGACAGAGCAGGAGCUCGGGGGGGCCUUGAGAUGGAGCAGGAGCUGGGGGUCCCUGAGAUGGAGCAGGAGCUGGGGGGAGGGUGCCUGAGAUGGAGCAGGAGCUGGUGGCCCUGAGACAGAGCUGGAGCUGGUGUCCCUGUGGUGGAACAGGAGCCAGUGUCCCCAAGAUGGAGCCGGGGGCUGCCUUAGUGUCCAGCCAAGCUGCUUGCAAAUCUCCCGACAGCUCAUCUGAGCCCCUGUCCCAGCACCAGAUGAGGAGAUUGCAGCAAAUUCCGGCACUGGUUCUGGAAUUGCGUGGAGCCCUGACAGAGACAGUGCAUAGAGCAAGCGGACAAGUGGGUGGGAGCUAAAGAAUACUGCCCACAUUCCAUUGGCCCUAAGCAGACAAUUUAACCCCUUUGGAAAGGGGCUGAGUGAGAGGGGACAGAGAGAGGCAUGGAUGUGGGUUUGCUCGCUGAGCUGGAAGGUUAGUUUUCAGACGUUUCGUCACCAUUCUAGGUAACAUCAUCAAUGAGCCUCCGACGAAGCGCUGGUGUUAUGUCCCGCUUUCUAUUUAUAAUAGAAAGGCUCACUGAUGAUGUUACCUAGAAUGGAGACGAAACGUCUGAAAACUAACCUUCCAGCUCAGCGAGCAAACUCACAUCCAGAACCUCAACCUGAGCUACAAAUCUUCUCAAAACUCGCUAGAGAGAGGCAUGGAUGAACAGCAAGGUAAAGAUAUAGAGAGAUGGGGAAAUGGAGGACAACGAAAGAAUAAAGGCUAAAUAACAACGAGGGGCCUGAGAAAGAGAGAGAGUGGGACAGGGAUGGAGAGGAAAGGGUCAGGGAAAGAUAAUUGUGAGGAACAGAGAUAUAGAGAGAAAGGCAGACGGAGGGCGAGAGGAGCACACACAAUGACACCAAGAUUGAGAGAAAAAUGGGCAGACUGACUGACAGAGAGGCUGAAAGAGACAGAUGGGACAGGGAGACGGAGAGAGAGAGAAGCAGACAGGGAGAUGGAGAGAGAGAGAGAGAGGCAGGCAGACAGGGAGAUGGAGAGAGAGAAGGACACAGACAGGGAGAUUGAGAGAGAGGCAGACACUUAGAUGGAGAGAGAGAGCGAUGCAGGCAGGUAGGGAGAUAGAGAGAGAGAGAGAGAGAGAGAGGGGCAGACAGACAGACAGGGAGCUGAAGAGAGACAGGCAGACAGAGAGAUGGAGAGAGACGGACAGAGACAAAGAUAGACAGAUGGAGAAACAGACAGAGACACAGAUGUAAGUGAAAACUGCGAGGAAUACCUUGUUUCCUGGGGGCUGUGUCCCCAGUUUCUUGCUGCUCAGCCUCUUGUGUUUUGUGAGUGUGUGUGUGUGUGUGUGUGUGUGUGUGUGCGUGUGAGUUGUUGUAACAUCAUUUCCCCUAUUCCUACCGUUGUGCUCAUACACUUUUCAACAAUUCCCAUCCUAGGAACAGACACCUCAGUGUAAUCUUCGAUAAUAAAAUAAAAGUGACCGUUUCAUACAACUGAA